CAAAUUCCCAAUCUUUCUCUCUCUUUCUCUCGCGGGCCUCUUCGUCUCUCUAAAAAUCUCAACUUUGUUUUUCUCCUCAAUGGCUUCAUCUCUUCAGCUCUCGAGGCCUAUCAAUCCUACCUCACAAACUCCAUCCUUGAAUCUCUUCUCUUACUCCACUGGAUUCGCUCCGGUGGAACGGAGAGUGGUCUUUAGAAGGGCAAGAAGCCAUUCGGUGCGUUGUUCGUUAGAUUCCUUUACACCCAUGGACUCUGCGAGGAUCAAGGUUGUUGGAGUUGGGGGCGGCGGGAACAAUGCUGUUAAUCGGAUGAUUGGGAGCGGGUUGCAGGGUGUUGACUUUUAUGCGAUAAACACUGAUGCUCAGGCACUGCUGAAUUCACAAGCAAAACAUCCACUGCAGAUUGGAGAGCUUUUGACUCGAGGACUAGGUACUGGUGGCAAUCCUCAAUUAGGGGAGCAGGCAGCCGAAGAAUCCAAGGAAGCUAUAGCCACUGCUCUGAAGGAUUCAGAUCUUGUAUUUAUAACUGCUGGGAUGGGUGGAGGUACUGGUUCAGGAGCUGCUCCUGUUGUUGCCCAGAUAUCAAAGGAAGCUGGUUACUUGACUGUUGGUGUUGUUACUUUUCCUUUUAGCUUUGAAGGCCGUAAAAGAUCCCUCCAGGCACUGGACGCUAUUGAAAAGUUGGAAAAGAGUGUUGAUACACUUAUAAUUAUUCCUAAUGAUCGGUUGCUGGAUAUCGUGGAUGAACAGACACCUCUACAAGAUGCAUUUCUUCUUGCUGAUGAUGUCUUACGCCAAGGGGUCCAAGGGAUAUCUGAUAUCAUUACAAUUCCAGGACUAGUGAAUGUUGACUUUGCGGACGUGAAGGCUGUUAUGAAGAAUUCAGGAACUGCCAUGCUUGGUGUAGGUGUUUCCUCUAGCAAGAACCGAGCACAAGAAGCAGCAGAGCAAGCAACCUUGGCACCUUUAAUUGGGUCAUCAAUUGAGUCAGCUACUGGGGUUGUCUACAAUAUAACUGGCGGAAAAGACAUCACUUUGCAAGAAGUAAACCGGGUCUCUCAGGUUGUGACGAGUCUUGCAGAUCCCUCUGCAAACAUAAUAUUUGGAGCAGUGGUGGAUGAUCGUUAUAACGGUGAAAUUCAUGUAACCAUAAUUGCCACUGGCUUUCCACAAUCAUUCCAGAAAUCCAUCCUAGCAGAUCCAAGAGCAAUUAAGAUGAUAGAAGCCCAGCAAGAAUCAAGAAUUAGUUCCAUGCCAGUUAAGUCUGCUAACUCGUCUCCAUUACCGUCUCGGUCUCGAAAGCUCUUCUUCUAAUAUGUUCAAUGGUCCUCUCAACUCGCUCAAUAUUUACAAUCUCAGUAGCCCCCCGUCGAGGCCGUGGUCACUUGUGGCUUCAUAUCUGUUCAUACAGAUGUUUUCCUUUGUUUCUUUUGCUCUCAUGUACUUCUGUUGUUCUUGUUCCAAGAAGAGGAAAAUGAAAAAAAAAAUAUUUUUUUUUCCCA